UUCAUCUGACAAUGCCACUCGCACUGACUAGAGCUCCCUCGGUGACGUCAACAAAGGACUCGGCAAUAUCUUUAACUAACGAGUCUACCAACAUUUACAGCACCAACUGUUUUCUAAACUCCAGCUUUCCUCUGUGGUCCAGUCUCCCGGCUGGUCUGAUGCAGCUGUUGAAUAACGUGACGGACAACUUCAGGGAAACCUGGCAAUUCCAAGCCCGUGUUCUGCGCAUGUCAGGAAGUGGCGUCACGUUCGCGCUGCGUGCCUCCAAUCCGAUGGACUUCAGCGAUUUUGUUUCCGCAUUUCACGAAGGAACGAUUCUACAACGAAUGGCUCACACAGACACUUGUGACAGACAGACAAACACAGAUUGUUUGUGCACGACGUUUGUGAUGCACAAGGACGAUGUUGUUCAAUAUAAAGACAUCCACUUGUCAUUUCAAGAACUGCGCGUGUGCAGUGUGGACUUCACAACGGUGAACCACGCCAACAUAUACUUUGUGCUGAUGUUCGUUUUCUCCACGGCCGUGGCGCCGUACUUGAUGGUGUUCGCGCUUUGCGCAGUGACAUGCUGCCGCCUGGACAUGAUGGCGUAUGGCUUCUCCAAGGAGGACUGGAUGAGGACGAGGAGGACGUUUUUCGGCUGUUUAAUAAGUGUGUGUUUUUACGUACCCUACUUCGUUGUGAACUUAAUGAACUCCCGAGGUCUGUUCGUGUCGCCACAUUGCCACAUCAUCGCCAUGGUCAUGUAUUACUGCUGUGCUCUCAUUCCGUGUGUGUUCUGUUUGCAGGUCAGCUGCUUGCGGUAUCCGUCUUCUGUGGUAGAUACCCGCUCUGUGUAUCACGAGAACGCAGACAUUGAACUUCUACAGCUGAACAGAGUUUAAUGUUAUACAGCUGAACUUCUACAGCUAAACAGAGUUUAACAGUAUACAGGCAGACAUAGCUUAACAUAUACAGCUAAACAUCUAUAGCUAAACAGAGUUCAACAUUAUAAAAAUAAACAGUUUAACGUCUACAACUAAACAGUUUAACAUUAUACAGGUAAAUAGAGUUUAACAUUAUAUAGCUAAACAUCUACAGCUAAACAGAAUUUAACAUGAUACAACUAAACAGAGUUUAACAUUAUACAACUAAACAGAGUUUAACAUUAUACAUUUAAACGUCUUUAGCUAAACAGUUUACCGUUAUACAGCUAUACAGAGUUUAACAUUACACUGCUAAAUGUCUACAGCUAAACGGUUUACCAUUGUGCAGCUAAACAGUUUACCGUUAUACAGCUAUUCAGAGUUUAACAUUACACCGCUAAAUGUCUACAGCUAAACAGUUUAACAUUAUACAACUAAACAGUGUUUACAUUAUACAGAUAAACAACAUUUAACAUAACGUCUAUAGCUAAACGGAGUUUAAACCUGUAUUUGAAUCAUGUGUGACUCAUUGCGUUUUUACAUCUAAACAAAGUUUAAGAUUAUUUUUAACCCUGUGAGGCUGACUUGAAUGUUACAGCCACACACAUUUUAAGAUUAUCUUGAACACUGUGAGACCCAGCUAAUGAUAUAUUGCUUAUAUGCAACACUGGACUUCAGUGGUUGUAAAUCAGAGUGAAUUACACGAAUUUGAUGGAGGGUGUAAGUCCCUCACCCUCUUAAAACCUGUUGGAGGUUAAAUACUAAUACGCAAGGAGAAAGACUUGUCAUUUGUUGAAAUGUUCAAACGGUGAUGAUGUUUUGAGAGAGAGAAAAACAUAUACAGCUAUAAUGUGUUUUUAUCCGUUCGUGGGUGUUGAAUGUUGCAAAGAUCAAACGACUGAACACGUGACGUAUAUUAGGCGUACCAGUUGCAGUGUUGUUGACGUUUUAGAUGUUUUUCUCUUUAAUAAGCAUUUGACAUUAAAUUGUUGACUCUUAUAAUUUGGGAUAAACAUGCCUCAUACCUAAGAUACCACAUUUGAUGACUUUUGAUGGCUAGUAUAGGCGCCAGACGAGAAAAACAACCGCAGGCAGUUAUAUAUUGAUUGGCUUUUCCGCUUUGAAACGGGGAUAAUGCUUUGUCUUAAGAGUUGGGUGAAUGCCCACCUCUUCCACCCCCUCCGCUUCAGAGGACUACAAAACUAAUAAGAAGGAAUAUUACUAAUCAAUCUGAUUAAAAUUAGCUCUACUGGUAUAUGUCAGUAGAUCUAACAGCAUUGCGUGGACUCCCAUGUCCAGGUGACAUUUCAUAUAUAAAUAACAA